GCUAUUUUUUUACGGUGACGCUCUGUGUCUAUAAUUGAGACUCACCUGUCAAAAUCAAGUGAUUUCCGUGAAAGAGUUGAAUGGUUCACCUAUAUGUCCUCAGAUAUCAGAACCAUCGUAAAYAGGAGAAGAUUUCAAUAACCAUAAAUACAAAGACACUAUGUACSAUGGCAUUACGAGGAUAUAUACAAGAGUUGAUCCGUGAUCGAAAUGCUUACGACAUAAAAAUUGUUCAUGACGUUUCAGUGUCGUCAUUGCCCUUUUGUGGCGAUGAUGAUCAUAGCAUGGACGCUUCCGAGCUAGACGGGUCUAUGUCUUCAUUAUCAUUGCAUGAUCUCAAAGAAUGCAAUCACAAUGAUAGCAACAGAAGUCUAGAUUUUUUCGCUCAAGCGAUCGAUGGAGAUUUUGCCAACGGCAUAGGAGAAAGAGAGUGCUCAUCUAAUAGUGGUGCUCGUGGAGAUGACUUGGGCUUGAUGUUGAAAAGCUUUCGAGAGCGACACCGGCGCCUAAAACAAACCCUAUCCCCAGUGAAAGUUUAUCAGUUGUCUCCAACGAUUAGUGGGUCUCAAACGACACCGACAAAAAACGAAAUGAAGGUUGAUAAUCAGCGUUCCCGACUUGCCAUUCUCGCCARAUCCUCUGAAAUAUGCGGGCCGCCAAGUUUGACCGAUCACUAGAAAAGAUGCUGAGAGCUGGAAGUCAUGGAGCACGUCAUCCCUCUUUUUAUUAACAUCAUUACUAGAUAUGAAUUAUAGAAAAAUGUACUUGAUCGCCUCUUAUUCGAAGCUGGAUGAUGUGAGAAAAAUAACACCAAAUGAAUGAACAGCGAAAUAUUUUSCGGAUCAAGAUCUGCAGUAUUCUAAGCAAAUAAAAUAUUUGCGAUGAA